AUGCAAAAUAAGGAACCUCCAUUCUAUAUUAACGAAAAUUCAAUUGAAUUGAAAAAUCAAGAUCCCACCUUGACAAAAUCAAUGAAUUUUGAUUUUGUCUUUGAUGAAUUAUCAAAUACAAAAGAUAUAUAUGACAAAUUACUUUCGGAAAUGGUUCCUUCUGUUUGUGAGGGAUACAAUGUAACUACAUUUGCCUAUGGACAAACAGCCUCAGGUAAAACAUUUACAAUGAAAGGAACCAAUGAUAAACCAGGUCUCAUUAGAUUGGCAAUCCGAGAUGUUUUUGAUCAAAUCAAAAAUAGUGAAGGAGAAAAUAGAACGUUCCUUAUCAGAGUUUCAUAUUUGGAAAUUUAUAAUGAAAAAGUGAGAGAUUUAUUAUCACCAGAGCAAAGAUAUGUAAAUAUUUUCGUUGAUAAGAAUAAAAACUUGUCAUUCGAUCAUUUAACUGAGGAAAUUGUAAGAUCUGAACAAGAAACAAUGGAUAUUAUUUCUAGAGGUACUUCUCAUAUUAUGGUGGCCAAGACAGUAGCAAAUGAUGCUUCAUCAAGAUCACACACUAUUUUCAGAAUGAUUGUAGAAAGAAAAGAUGAACUUGCAGUGGAUAAUGCUCAACAAUUACAAUCAUCACUUGCAAAGAAAGCUAAAUCUAAACAAAUUGUAAGAAUAGGAAAUCUUAAUUUGGUUGACUUGGCAGGUAGUGAAAACAGUAGUGAACAAGCAGAUUAUAAUAGAAAGAGAGAAGGUCAAAAUAUUAACCUUAGUUUACUUCAUCUUAAAGAAAUUAUUACAAAAUUAUCAAAUGGAGAAAAAGUUACAUCCUUCCGUAAUUCAAAACUCACAAGAAUUCUUGGAGACUCACUUGGUGGAAAUGCAAGAGUAGCUGUCGUUUGUGCAAUCUCACCAGAUCCAGUAAAAUUAAAGGAAACGAAGAGAACACUAGAAUUUGGAAGUAAUGCUCAAAAGAUUUCAAUCAAACCAACUGUUAAUAGUGAAUGUGAUAAUGCUCUUAUUAUGAAAUAUCAAACUGAAUUGGAAACUUUACAAAGUGAGCUUGCCAUGCUGAAAGACAAACUCACCAACCAAAGUAACACCCAAGUUGAAAAGGAAGAAACAGAGGAAGAAGUUAAGGAGUUGGAAAGAAUCAUGUCAGACUUGACUGAUUCUAUGGUUACCAACAAAUCACUAGAAGCUAGGCUUCAAGAUAUUGAAAAAGAAAAAAGGGAUCACGAAGAAAGAAUCAGACAAAUGGAAGAAGAAAGAGCAAAGCUUCAAGAACUAUUACAAAUUGAAGAGGAAAGAAAAAGAAUGCAAGAGGAAGAAUCGAAAAGCAAGGAAGAAACUCUCUAUUUACUUCAACAAGAAACAGCCAGUAUGAGUUUACAAUUGGAGGAAAUUAUCUCAAGCAAGAAUAAUAUUGAGGCAGAAUCAAAGAGAAGAGAACUUCAAAUUCACGAUUUGAUGAAUUAUAAUCAACUUUUAGAACAAAAGACAAUUAAUGAGGAAAGUUCAAGAAGAAGAGCAGAAGAAAUGAUUUCAGACCAGAACAAACAAAUUGAAAGUUUCAAACAAGUAAAUGAACACUUUGAAAGAGAAUACCAGAAGGAGAAGAUGGCAAAGGAAGAAGCGUCCAAGGUGAUUCAACAAAAGAUGGAGGAAAUGCAAAAUAUGCAACAACAGUUAAGCUCAACAAGAACUGAAAAGGAAAAUUAUGAAAUGCAAAUUAAGACUUUGAAUGACAACAUGUCAGCUAUGUACAAUAUGUGGAAAGAGGAUUUCGAUAGGGAAAUUAGCAUACGAGAAAAGGAAAAGAAUCAACUUGAUGAACAAAUUGCUCGUCUUACAUCACUAUUGGAGGAAAGAGAUUUGGAAAUUAAGAAACUUCAAGAGAAUUGUAAAACUCAAGACUAUUUACAACAUUUUGUUGAUACAUUGGAGAAGGACAUGAAGAGUUACAAGCAACAACUUGAAAUUUCAGAGAUUGAACUUUCAAGUACAAAGAAGAAAUCUUUGGAUACUUUCAGAGAUAAUAUAGAACUCAAAAAGAAAGUUACAAGUUUGGAAAAUGAAUUGGAAGCAUUGAAAUUACAUUUUAUUGUAAACUUUGGUCAAGAAAGCUUGCCAAAAUCACCAAAGCCCAAUGCUUCAAACUCUUCAAACUUCUUUGAGGCGAAUAAUAUUUCAAUUCCAUUGGGUAGUAACACAAAUCAAACAAGUAGUAGUAAUAUGUCCAACGUGAAAACACCAUCAGCUGUAUUGUCAUCACUUGCUGUGAAUGUACCGCCACCACACAAUCAAACAAAUAUUAGUCCAACCUCAUCACCAACUCUUUCAACUACUGCAACUGUUUCCAACAAUACUGCUCCUUCAGUUUCUCAAAACUCUUCAGGACCCGUACCUCGAACUGUUCAACCAUCCAGUACUAUUUCAUCCAUUACAAGUACUCCACCAUUAAGUAAUGCAUCAACACCACUACAAAACAAAACACCAAGCAGUGUUGGAUCUACACCAGUUAUGAAUUCAAACCCGAUUAGACCAUCCACUCCUGUGAGUACAACUCCUUCGUAUGCUACUCCUCAAAAAACACCAACGUUUAAUUCGACUCCUCACAGUGGUAGUACUACUAGUUCAGUAAGAUCAACACCAGUUAAUUCUGCCUAUUCGACUCCUCCUCCGCUUUCUAACACAUUCUCUCCUGUAAGACCUAGUACCCCAACAGUUACACCACCUCAAUAUAAUCAACAAACAACUCUUUCUCAACAAAUUUCCAGUAAUUAUCAAAUGAAUCAACAGUUGCCAAGUAGUAGACCAGUAACUUCUCAAAGUAAUUCAUCAACUUAUUCUAGUAAUCCAUUUAAUAAUAGUAUUGGUGGAAUGAGAGAAGAAACUAAAACUUAUUCAAACAAUAAUCCAUAUGAAUACUAUCCAUCCACUACUGCAACAAAUCAACCAAGUAAUACUGGAUCUUAUCAACAAUCCAAUUCUUACAAUUCAACUAAUCCACACCUAUAUACUACUAAUAACAUUCCAAUUAAUAAUCAAAGAUCACAAUACUCAGUUCCAAAUUCAACAACAGGAAAUAGAUUGAGUAUUAAUACACAAAAUGUUCAACCAAGUUCAAGUGUAAAUCAAAGAGGUUUGGAUUCACCAACAAUGGUCAAUAUUCCUCCCUCUUCUUAUUCAAGACCUCAAUCAACAGGAAGUUUCCAACCAAGACAAGGUUCUCUUCCACCAUCUCCAAUGCAGAACAAUAGAGUCUCACUUCCUCAACAAACACAACAACAACCACCAGUUAACUCAUUUAACAAUAAUUUCACUAGUAGUCAACAGUCUACACAGCAACCAACCAAUCAGCCCCCUCCAUUUAAUAGCAGUCAAUCAGUUAAUCAACAAUCUGCAUUAGUGAGAAAUAGACCUAGAAAUUUCAACACUGUUCCCUCAACUGGUAAUCUCUAUCCAACACUACCAGCAACACAUUCCUCAAAUUCUUCUUCAAUUAAUAAUAAUAACACUCAUAAUACAGUUAGUUAUCCUACUCCAACAGUUACAUCAAGUGGUGGUAACUCUCGUCCUCCAUCUCCUUCAGUUUAUAGAGUAACAGGAGAAAAGGCAUUCAAGGCAAAAGAAGAACGUGAACAAAAUGAAGAGCCUGAAGGACCUAUUGUCGGAAUUAAUGAAAAAUCUGGAUCAAGACCAAAGAGAAGUUUGUCAAUUUCAAAAUUAAUUGGUCUUGUUAGAGGUGAUGAUAAGAAUUCAUUGAAAUAG